AUGACUUGGGAUCAAAACGGCAUCCGCGCUCGAUUUUGCCAUGCACUUUCGGAAAUGUACAAGAGUGAGGUUCCUCUGUACGGCGACCUCAUCGACGUGGUUUGGGAGGCAGACGCCAAAGCGGUCGAAAACAGCCAAAAGCCGGGAUCUUCUCCAAUUAACCCCGAUGAUAUCCUACCUUCUCGACAUCGCGUCGAGAGACAUGGAGCCAUCCGGCUGGGCACCGCAUAUGAGCUGGCUACCAUCCGUCGCAUGUUUGCUGUGAUGGGAAUGUACCCCGUGGGCUACUACGACCUCAGCCUGGCUGGAUUCCCAAUGCAUGCCACCGCCUUCCGGCCAAAGACUCAAGAAGCACUUGAAAUCAAUCCAUUCCGCGUGUUCACCACAGUUCUGCGGAUGGAACUGUUGACGGAGAAAACACGGGAACUGGCGCAAAAAGCGCUGGCUCAACGCAACAUAUUCACUCCUCGACUCCUUGAGUUACUAGACGUCGCAGAGAGUCAGGGAUCUCUAUCACCUGAGCUUAGCACAGAGUUUAUAUCUAAUGGCCUGGAAACAUUUCGGUGGCAUUCAAAAGCCACGGUCACACUCGAUGAAUACGAGCAGCUCAAGGCCGAGCAUCCUCUGAUUGCAGAUAUUGUUUCAUUCCCAAGUUCACACAUCAACCAUCUCACACCGCGCACAAUUGAUAUCGACUUGGUUCAGCGGUUGAUGUUGGAUCGCGGCAUGCCCGCAAAAGAGCGCAUUGAAGGACCACCGAAGCGAACGUGCCCUAUUCUCCUCCGACAAACAAGUUUCAAGGCACUCGAAGAACUGGUUUACUUCAAGGACAAGCAAAAUUCACACGUGCAAGGCUCCCACACUGCGCGAUUCGGUGAGGUAGAGCAGCGAGGCUACGCGUUGACGCGAAAAGGACGCCAACUUUACGAUCAAAUCCUCGAGCAAGUCAAUUUGGAAGCUUCAGUGAAGGACCUGAAAAGCCGAGACUACGAUAAAUUAUUGGAAACCAGUUUCCAAGAAUUCCCAGAUAGUCAGUCUAGCCUUCAUGAUCUGAGCCUGGCAUAUUUCUCUUACCAGCUAAGUCCACUGGGCGAGAGAUCUAUCCAUGGCGAGAUGAAGUCACCACAACAUUCAGACGCGCCUAUUACACUCCAAGAUCUCUUAGCUCAGGAAUCCAUUGUCUACCAGCCCCUGACAUAUGAAGAUUUCCUUCCGUUAUCCGCAGGUGGAAUUUUCAAUUCAAACCUGGGGAGCGCUUCCUCAUCGAAAUCACUGAUAAUGAGUGCGGAUCCGGACCUUGAUGGCUUCCAACGCUAUCUUGGGACUUAUGUUGCGGAUGAGUUCCACUUGUAUGAAGAGAUGCAAAGGCAAUCUUUAGAAGUCUGUAGACAGAAGCUGCAGCUACAGAAAAUCAUAAUUUAA